AUGCCCAGUCCAAAGAUCACCCUCUACGUGGACGUUGUCAGCCCGUUCGCGUAUAUCGCAUUCCACAACUCAUCAACAUUCGCCAAAGUUGACGUAACUUAUGUCCCAAUCCUCCUGGGAGGUCUGAUGCAAGCCUGCAACAACUCGCCACCCAUUAACAUCAAAAACAAGGACAAAUGGAUCAACAAAGAGCGCGAGAGAUGGGCCAAGUAUUUCUCAGUCCCCAUAGCCGACAAGGUACCUGAUGGUUUCCCGAUACGGACACUAGCGGUGCAGCGCGCAUUGUGUGCACUUUCACAAAAGGCGCCCGCGAAGCUUCCUGCCGUUCUUGAGGGAUUGUAUCGCGCGUUCUGGGUUGAGAGGAACUCCAAGGUUGCGGAGCCGGAGGGCUUUGCUCCUAUUAUGGAGAAUGUGCUCGGCAAGCAGGAUACGCAGGAGAUUAUAUCAGCUAUGGGCCAGCCUGACGUCAAGGGCCUUUUGAUGUCUAACACUGACAGAGCCUUCAAGGAAGGAGCCUUUGGUCUUCCUUGGUUUGUAUGCACCGACGCGAAUGGCAAGACGGAGGGAUUCUGGGGCAUUGAUCAUCUCGGCCAGUUGGUUGAUUUCCUUGGUUUAGACCGGAGUCAAGAUGCCGGGUUCAAGGCUCUGCUUUAA